AUGGAACCUAACAAGACCACAAGCAAAACAAACCAGCCCUCACCCGGAAUUGCUUAUGACAACGAAACCUACAUGGAAACCCUGCUUAGUCACACAACAUUCGACCACGAGACACCAUCUAACCCCACACCCUCGCCGGCCCCGACCGGGGAAGUGCCGGAGUUUUCCGAUGCACCCCCGGCGGCUGUCGGCGUAGGGUCCCUGGGUUGUACCCAGGCGAGUAUCACAACAGCUAACUUUGAUCAAACACACACUUUCCCUAUCAAUUUUCCGUCAGGCCAGUGGAAAAACACCAACCUACCGAUGUCGGAAUGUGAGAUUUUCUCUGCUACCUCGUCGACCGCCGAGACAGCUGCAGACAUAGGCACUCGUCAUCAAAUCACUACGAUAUGCCACCGAAAUUCGACCUCGAAUCCUAUAGACAAAACGACAGAUCACCAACGCCAAACAACACCCGUCGUUAAUCGGGCAUCUCCUAGAUACCCUCUGACGCGAGGGCUCGAGGGAGAAAAUCGCACAGCUAACACGAUACUACAUCAAGCUCUGGCACCUCUGCCCAACCGCAAUUUAAGCCCUGUUCCAGGCUGCUCCUGGCAUUCAACAACGUCUGAAAUUAUCAAUGACUUGACCAAUCACGCUGGUGCCGGAAAACCGGGUACCCCCUGCCUGCCAAAUUGGACAUCACCGGACCGAAAUCCGACUAAUAAAUACCGCUCUUAUAAUCACCUAAUGGCAACUGACGUGCCGGAGAGGCAGAUACCCUUAACGGACUAUAUUACUACAGCGGGCCCCUCGCUAUCCCCUCAACCAACCACGCUUGGUCGAGAGGCUCUAGGAGGGUUGUCCGCUAGACCCAGCGAGUUGAGUAACAGUAAUAGCCCUCCUCGGAGCAACAGAUCAACCACCCACAGCUCAAACCCUCGGGAAAAAAACUGCAUACUGGCUUUGCAAUGGAAUACAAACGGACUCAGAACAAACAUCGGUGACCUCCAACAAACAAUCGCCUGCCUCGCUCCAAUUUGCCUUGCUAUCCAAGAGACACAUAUCAAAGACAAUACGAAUCCUUCCUCCUGGUUCGGGUACCGUUACCUCUGGAAGAUGACCAGAGGAGCUAACAUCUACCAAACUGUCGCACUAGCAAUCAGAGCCGAUAUGAUAAUAGGACAAAUCCACCUCAACACCGACUUGUUAGCAAUAGCCUCCCAAAUUACAUACCCGAUAAAAUGCACAGUAGUCUCAAUAUAUGUACCCCAGGAUGUCAGUGACUUUGGAGACAAACUGACCAACCUUAUUGAUCAACUGCCAAAACCAUUUCUAAUUAUGGGAGAUUUUAACGCUCACCAUUUCUCUUGGGGCUCCAAAAGAUGCUGCCCUCGUGGAAAAGCAAUUGUUGAAGUGGUCGAAAAGAGCAAUGCAAUCAUUCUGAAUGACGGGAUCCCCACGUUCCUCCGAGCUCAGUCCACGUCUGCAAUAGACCUGACAAUAUGUUCGCACUCCAUCGCUGGUUCCUGUGGAUGGUCAACACACCAAGACAAAGGAAAUAGUGACCAUUUUCUCAUCUCAAUAUCCUACAACUGCGUCCCUCCCUCCACGACCCGACGAAGACGUUGGAUAUAUGAUCGAGCCGAUUGGACCGCCUAUGAAAAUGACCUGGAAGACAUUUUAGACAGAAACCUGAGCUACUCACCCGAAGCUUUAUCUGAAAUUGUAGUACAGGUCGCAAAAUCUCACAUUCCAAGAACUAGCGGAUCCCCACCGCAUCGGGCAGUUCACUGGUGGAACCCAAAAGUGGAAUCGAUUAUCAAGGCCCGCCGAACUGCACUUCGCCUAUUGAGAAGCACCAGUACUGACCACCCAGCCUGGGAGGAACGAUCGCUUACGUAUCGCAAGCUAAGAAACCAAGCAAGAAAAGUCAUUCUAAACGCCAAAGCUGCAAGCUGGGCUAACUUCCUUGACGGUAUCAGUCCGGACUCGUCGACACAGGAGAUUUGGAGAAGAGUCAAUGCUCUCAGUGGAAAAAGACGACAAACCGGAUACUCCAUCAGUAUCAAUGGGACCACAAGUCUGGCACCCCUCGAAAUUGCCAACGAAAUAGGAUCCUACUUUCAACAUCUCUCGGCGAAUGAAUCCAUGCCAGCGCCUUUCAUCCUAAAAAAACCAUCAUUGGAGGCACACCCAACAAAAUUCUUACCGGACUCCAGUCAACCAUAUAACCGACCUUUCUCAACCAUAGAACUAGCUACCGCCCUCGGAGCCUCACGAGGAAAAUCGGCCGGUCCCGAUGAUGUUGGAUACCCUAUGCUUCACCACCUACCGCCAGUGGGCAAAAGAGCACUUCUAGACAGCUUCAACAGAGUCUGGGAGGGUGGCCCCUUCCCGGACGCCUGGCGUGGCGUACUUGUUAUUCCCAUUCCAAAGACGAGUCAAAGAACUGGUGAACCAAGCAACUUCCGCCCGAUCAGCUUAAUGUCAUGCAUCGCAAAGACGAUGGAACGGCUUGUUAACCGUCGCCUAAUAACAAUACUGGAAAAUGAUAACCUUCUAGAUAACCGACAAUUUGCAUUCAGGAAAGGACUUGGCUCCGGAAUCUAUCUGGGCUGUCUAGGCGAGACUCUCAACGAAGCCCUGUCAGAGGGUUUGCAUGCGGAUCUUGCCAUAUUGGAUAUUGCAAAAGCCUACAAUACUAUCUGGCGGGAAGGCGUGCUAUGCCAACUACUUCGAUGGGGCAUCCGCGGCAACCUUGGCCGCUUCAUUCAGGAAUUUAUCAGUAAACGACAUUUCAAUGUCUGCAUCGGAGGCACCAAAUCUCGCUCCUUUUCCGAAGAUAACGGUGUCCCGCAAGGCUCAGUCUUGUCAGUGACAUGGUUUCUGAUCAGUAUGAACUCACUUUUUGCCUCCCUACCGAAGGGAGUAUAUGUGUUUGUCUACGCUGACGACAUAGUCUUGGUAGCCACAGGUAAAACGGCCGGACGUACAAGAAUCAAACUGCAGGCAGCGGUUAAUGCCGUCGGCCGCUGGGCUGAGUCUGUCGGGUUCAACAUAUCAGCCACAAAAUGCUCAAUUGCACACUGCUGUAAUUCUUUCCACAACGUGUCACGCCGACCAGUAAAACUGUCAGGCACUAUCAUCCCAUUCCAAAAGGAACCGAAGGUCCUUGGUGUUGUAAUAGACCGUAAGCUAACAUUCCUAUCCCAUUUUAGAAAAAUUAAAGCAGACUGCGAAAGCCGAAAGCGGUUAGUCCUAACCAUUAGCACUCGCCACCCGAAAUUCAACAGAAAGACAGCGCUGAACAUAAGCCAGGCACUAAUUCACAGUAAAAUAUUUUACGGAUUAGAAAUAACAAGUAGAAACUGGGAAGGCUUAGUGAAUACCCUCGCACCUCUCUACCAUGUGACAGUCAGAGAAGCUGCCAACCUACUGCCCAGUACCCCCGCAAAUGCAGCCUGCGUUGAGGCUGGUAUCCUCCCACUCCGAUGGACCGCAGCUGUAAAAACCAUGAAAUGUGCACUUAGAUUUCUCGAAAAAACAACCGGCAACGAGUGCGCCCUUCUUGAAACAGCCAAAAAUCUACACCUCACAUUUGCAAUUACGCCUCUCCCGGAAAUAGCUAGACUACUCAAAGUUAGCAGUAGAGACUGGUGCGAAAAUGGACCAAAUAUAGACAUCAGCCUCUCUAUUACCAUAAAAUCAGGCGCGCCCCAGAGCGUAGCGAGAGCCCAUUUCAAUAAACUGGUCUAUCACAAAUACCCUAACCACGUAAAAAUCUACACAGACGGUUCGAAACUAAAUGGUGAUGUUGGAAUAGGGGUAAGCGGAAUAGGAGCUGGUUUGACACGGCGUCUGCCCUCGGCUUGCUCAAUUUUUUCAGCUGAAGCAGCUGCAAUCGACCUGGCCAUCUCAAAAAAACCUCCGGACAUCCCAACUGUGAUAUUCUCCGAUUCACUCUCCGUUUUAACAGCACUAAUAGCCGGAAACACUAUGCACCCAACCAUUCAAAAAAUCGAAGAAUCAUGUUACUCUCUAUUAACAUUAUGCUGGGUCCCGGCCCACUGCGGAAUCCCUGGAAACGAGGAUGCUGACCGGCUCGCAUCACUCGGUCGACGCUCCCGACUCAUGAGAAACCGAGAGAUCCCUUCAACUGACAUAUGUAAGGAUUUCCAAAACAAUAUACGUGACCACUUCAACUCCUACUGGUUAGGAACUCAAGGUCACCUUCAAAAGAUUAAAGGAACUCUGGAAAAAUGGAACGACCGAGGAAGCAGAGUCGAACAAAAAGCACUAUCUCGCCUCAGGGUAGGACAUACGAAAAUUACACAUGCUCACACCAUCACUCAAGUAGACCCACCAACAUGUGCCAGUUGCAACACCAGACUCAAUGUUGAACACCUCUUAGUCAACUGUCGGAAAUUUGAAGCACUCCGCCACCAGUACGACUUUCCGUCUUCCAUUCGGGACAUCCUCUCAAAUGAUCCCGGCCGAGAGGAGGUGCUAUUACGUUUCCUGCGAGACGCCAAGAUACUUGACGCCCUCUAG